AUGUCUUUCGCUCCUCGUGGACGUGGUGGAUUUGGUGGUGACCGCGGUGGCCGCGGUGGUGGUCGAGGUGGUUUCGGCGACCGUGGCGGCCGUGGUGGUGGCCGCGGAGGCCGUGGAGGCUUUGGUGACCGUGGCGGCCGUGGAGGUGGUCGUGGUGCUCCUCGUGGAGGCCGUGGAGGCCGUGGAGCUCCUCGUGGCCGUGGUGCUCCCCGUGGUGGCGGCGGUGCUCGUGGUGGUGCCAAGGUUGUCAUUGAGCCUCACCGUCACGCCGGUAUCUUCGUCGCUCGUGGCGGCAAGGAGGACAUGCUUGUGACGAAAAACCUUACGCCUGGAACUGCUGUCUACGGCGAGAAGCGCAUCUCUGUUGAGGGUCCCGCAACUGAGGAUGGUACUGUCACCAAGAACGAGUACCGUGUCUGGAACCCCUUCCGUUCUAAGUUGGCCGCUGGUGUGUUGGGUGGUCUUGAUGACAUCUACAUGAAGCCCGGCUCCAAGGUUCUCUACAUUGGUGGUGCCUCCGGUACCUCCGUUUCUCACGUCGCUGAUAUUGUCGGACCCACUGGUAACGUCUACGCUGUCGAAUUCUCUCACCGCUCUGGCCGUGAUCUGAUCGGCAUGGCCACUCACCGUACCAACGUCAUCCCCAUCGUUGAGGAUGCUCGUCACCCUCUCCGUUACCGUAUGCUCGUGCCCAUGGUUGAUGUCAUCUUUGCCGAUGUUGCCCAGCCCGAUCAGGCCCGUAUUGUCGGAUUGAACGCCCACAUGUUCCUCAAGGCCGAGGGUGGUGUCAUUGUCUCCAUCAAGGCCAACUGUAUUGACAGCACAGCCAAGCCCGAGGUUGUGUUCGCUAAGGAGGUCCAGAAGAUGCGUGAGGAGAAGAUUAAGCCCAAGGAGCAGCUGACCCUCGAGCCUUUCGAGCGUGACCACUGCAUCGUCGCUGGUAUCUACAAGCGUACCGCAUAA